CCGACCGCUAUUUACCUGGUGCGGGGAGGCUCCUGGGCGGCGGGCGGGGGUCCCGGGUGUGCCGGCGCCGUGCUGUGUGUGCGGAUUGAGUUAUAUUUAUGUUCAUGAUGUAAAUAUGUGACUGCAAUAAGAGACGUACUGAGGCUGCAUGAGGCUUCUCAGGGGAUCAGGUAUGGAGUCUAAGACUGACAGUCCUCCUGUCUGGGGCACAUCAUCUGAACAAGAUCAGACUCCGACCCAGGUACAUUUUGUUCCAGAGAGUAGUGCUGUUGCUCAGAUUGUUUACACAGAUGAACAGGAUCGACCAUCACAACAAGUGGUUUAUGCAGCAGAUGGAACGUCUUACACAUCUGUGGAUGGGGCGGAACAUACCCUAGUGUACAUUCACCAGGCUGAUGGGACACAGGCUGUUUUCACUGAUCAGUCCCAGGUAGCGUACAUCCAACAGGACACAACCACUCAGCAGGUAACAGUUCUUUUGCCUGCCAGCCAGAACGUGUCUGGUGCCAAUUUGGCAGUCCUUGGCAGUGUGACAGAGACCCAGCAGCCAAUACCAGUGGAAAACAAUUCUCAGUCACAUUUGCCCGCACCAAAUCAUGGUAUUCCUCAGAUAACUGAGGUCAGCAACUCUGUGCAGCAGGUGCCAGAUGCACUGGACACAGCUGAACAUGACCUGGACACAGAGGAGGAUGAGGAUGAAGAGGAGGAAGAGGAGGAUGUGGACUCAUCUGAUAUGGAUGAUUGGGAGCCAGGUCCUCUGAGGCCCUUUAAUCCAUGUGAUUUGUGGUGUGAGGAUUGUAACACCGCACAUCCCGGUGCAUGCCCCAAACAUGGAACUCUGCACUGUAUUCCCAAUCGGCCUGUCCUGAGCAGGGCCAGGGCCAGCCUGCCGCUUAUUCUCUACAUCAAUCGAUUUGCUGGUGGAAUUUUCUCUAAGAGGCGCAUUCCAAAACGCACACAGUUCGGUCCUGUCGAAGGACCAUUAAUUAAGCAGUCUGAGCUCACAGAUGAUUACAUUCAUUUAAAGGUCGCUAUGGGGGUAGGAAGGGAGGAUUUGAAAGACGGAGAGAAACCUGGGGAUUUAUGGUUUGAUUUGUCUGAUGAGAACUUGUGCAACUGGAUGAUGUUUGUCCGUCAAGCUCAGAAUCACUUGGAGCAGAACCUGGUGGUAUACCAGUACGGCAAAAACAUCUACUUUACCACCAUCAAACAUAUUGAACCAAAACAGGAACUCAAGGUGUGGUAUGCAGCAUCAUAUGCAGAUUUUGUGGAGCAGAAGAUCCAUGAUAUAUCAGAAGAGGAACGGAAAGUUCUACGUGACCAGGAAAAAAACUGGCCGUGCUAUGAGUGUAAUCGUCGCUUUACCAGCUCAGAGCAGCUCCAGCAACAUCUCAACAUGCAUGACGAAAAGCUGGACUUCUUCAGCAGGUCAAAGAGCAGAAGUCGAGGCCGAGGCAGGAGGCGCUUCGGUUCAGGCAGGCGACCGGGGCGCCCACCAAAGUUUAACCGGCAGGAUUCAACUGUGGAUCAGAGUGAGGCAUUGCAGCUCACUGUGAAGCGGCGCUUCGAAGACACAGAUGAACCCGUGGCCAAUGGAAUGGAUCAAGAGGAAGAGACUGCAAUUAGCUCAGAGCAGCCAGAAAAUGAUUCGAGUAUCGCUAAUAACACAACAACCACAAGCCCUGGGGAGGAAAUGCGGCGCAACAAACGCAUUCGGAAUGCUGCUCUACAUCAUCUCUUUAUACGUAAAACUUUUCGACCAUUUAAAUGUCUUCACUGUGGGAAAGCAUUUCGGGAGAAAGAGAAGUUGGAUCAGCACCUGCAUUUCCAUGGGCGGGAGGGCAACUACCCACUGACCUGUGAUAUCUGUAACAAAGGCUUCAUAAACAGUUCAGCUCUCGAUUCACACAUGAAAUUCCACUCUGAUCAGAAAACAUACUCCUGUAUUUUCUGCACAGAAUCUUUUGAUAGACUGGAUCUCCUCAAAGAACAUGUCGCAGUUCAUGUUACUAAUGGCUGUUUCACCUGUCCCUCCUGUAAAAAACAAUUUCCAGACUUCAUUCAGAUAAAGAAGCACAUUCGAAGCUUCCACUCUGAGAAGAUUUACCAGUGUACAGAAUGUGACAAAGCCUUCUGCCGGCCGGACAAGCUUCGACUACAUAUGCUGCGACACUCUGAUCGGAAGGACUUUCUCUGCUCCACCUGCGGCAAGCAGUUCAAAAGAAAGGAUAAGUUGAAAGAGCACAUGCAGCGAAUGCACAAUCCAGAACGAGAGGCCAAGAACGCUGGGCGCAUUCACAAGUCGAAACCUUUCAAACCUAAGAUUCCUUCAACGGACUACGAGAGUUUCAUGUUCAAGUGUCGUGCCUGCAUGAUGGGUUUCCGGCGGCGUGGGAUGCUGGUGAAUCAUUUGUCCAAAAGACACCCAGAUAUCAGGAUAGAUGAUGUGCCAGAGCUAACGUUGCCCAUUAUUAAACCAAACAGGGACUACUACUGCCAGUACUGUGACAAGGUGUACAAAAGUGCCAGUAAGCGUAAAGCCCAUAUCUUGAAGAACCACCCUGGGGCAGAACUUCCCCCGAGUAUUCGCAAACUGAGGCCCGCAGGUCCAGGGGAACCGGAUCCAAUGCUGAGCACACAUACACAGCUGAAGGGCACCAUUGCCACACUACCUGUCUGCUGUCCACACUGCUGCAAACAAUACAGCAGCAAGGCAAAAAUGGUGCAACAUAUCCGGAAAAAGCACACGGAUGUUCUGCAGGAUAAUCCAAAUGCACUGCAGGCACUGCCUGCACAGACACCCAUCGUAGCCACUGUCAUCAGUGCAGCACCAACUGUUGUGAACACAGAUGGUACAAGUGGAGAUACAAUUGUGACAACUGAUCUCCUGACUCAGGCGAUGAGUGAGCUGUCGCAGACACUAACAACUGACUAUCGGCCAGCUCAGGGAGAUUAUCAGCGUGUGCAGUACAUUCCCGUCUCCCAGCACAUCCAACCAGUUCAGGGACAACAGUCUCAGCACAUCCAACUCCAGGUGGUGCAAGUGGCACAGACUUCCUCCCACCAGAAUCAGCAUUCCACAGUGGAUGUCAGCCAACUGCACGAUCCUCACGGCUUUGCACAACAUGCCAUUCAGGUGCAGCACGUCCAGGUUGCAGAGCAGUCCAGCACCAUGCCCCCUUCUGCUUCCCAGAGUGGAAGUGGUCAGCCUCUAAGCCCCGCAUCACAGCAGUCACAGGAACUCAGCCCUUCCCAGAUACAGAGUGGAACAUCAACACAAAACCAGGUCUUACAACAGCAACCAACAGCUACAGUACAGCAUACGUACCUUCCCAGCACAUGGGGAACCUUCCGCAACUACUCUUCUGAGAUUCAGAUGAUGACCAUUCCUCAAACGCAGUACGUUAUUGCAGAGGCUCCUGUAGCCACAGUGAACAGCGGCCAGAUGAAGGCAGUGACACAGACUCACUAUGUGAUAUCAGAAGGACAGACUGAGAUGGACUUGAAGCAGAACUCGAGACUUGAUGUGCCUCAGACACAGACAGACACGUCCCUACAGCAGCAGAAUGCGCAAUUCAUCAUUACCUCAACAGCUAAUGGGAAUGGAACUACUGAGGUGCCAAUCACAAAGCCCUAGCAGUCACUUGCUGGACACUGUUCCUCCCCAAAUUCAUACCAGCUCCACUGGGAGUGGAGCUGCACCUUGUGGCAUGCAUUUUAUAAAAGGAAAGCGAGAGAGCAGAGACUUAGGUUUACAGCUUUUCCCUUCCACACGUCCCUUCCCUCAUCACCUACCCUUCAGAUGAAGUAUUAGAGCAAAGGGCAGGAAAGCAAGAAAUUGGGGUUGCUGAUGAUAGUGUGAGCUCAGUGAGAUCGAGCUGAUUACGUCAUUGCAAAGGAGUUGGACCCUGUUUUUAGAGAAAUGAUUGAGGAAGCUGAAAGAAAUCAGGUGGCAAAGCACUGAUGAACUGACCAGCUCUGUUCACAAACCCUCACAACCAAUCGUUCCAAUUGCCUUUUGACCAAGGAAGCUGCGUGUCUACGACCUGCUGAGAGAGACUGCGCCCCAGAUGAACUCUGAUGUCAUUUGGGAGUAUAAAGCUGAGGACAUGGUAUUAUUAAUCAAAAGUCCACUAAGGCUGCAGAGCUGGAGACAGUGAGCUGGAUUCUCAGUGACUAAAGUUAGGGUGAGUUUGUAAGAGACAAAUCAACAGGAAAAUUCAUUGCUGAACUUGUGCCAUUUCUCAGGCUGAGACACUUGCCUCCUCCUGUGGGUCAUGUUCUUUUCUGGGUCUGUUCCCCAGACUUGGACUGGGAUGAGUGCAGUCUGGUCGGCUUGAACCCGAGGCAAACAUAGCAAGCACACACGCAGACCGGAGCAUGCUAGGGUCUGGAGAUGUAUUCUCUUCACUCGUUCUAAACAGACCAAGAUGGAAAAGUUUUAAUGAAUGAGAUUUUAAUGCUUUAUUAUUUAAAAGUUUAUGUUAAUUGCAAACUUCUGUGAUUGUAUAAUUAGAGAAGCUCUGUUCUAAAAGUGUUUAAAGAUCAAUAAAAAUAUAAAUGUGGAUUCUGUGACUCUGCUCUUCUCUCCAGCAUGUAUCCUACCCCACUGAUUGCUGCUUACCUCCAACACCCCUGUGUGUAAGGAGCCAGGAUACUGCAAAGAGGAGGGCAGGACCACAGAUCCAAAGUCUGGGCUCCUUAAAUUGCAACGAUUUGGAAUGUAAUUUCAACUCCUGGGUUAUCAUCUGAUUUUCUUUUUCAUUUGCUGACACUGUGAUCUCCUGAAAAUGAAGGUUGGUGUUCUUCUGAUCAGAAUAUUACGGGAUGGGGCAGGAGCCUCUUCACCUGCUGCAUUGUCUUUCAGGAAAUGUUGACCUUUUUGGCUGAAAUUCUACUGAUAGAAGUUUACUAAGGACCCAAAACUUAACACUAUUUAAAUUAUUGUAACUCAUAAUUCAGGCUCAUGAAUGAUUUCCAGUUCCUUGUGCUUCCUGUGGGUCUGUCCCUGCCCUCGUAUGUGUGUGAAUUGGCAGUGAUACACCCACUAAAUGUGCGACAGCAACUGGACAUUCCAAACCUCAGCACUUCUGCCAGUGUUAAUGUGGCAAAGUAUUGCUUCAGAUCUUUAAAUUUUAUUCAGUUAUCAGAACAUUUAUUUGGCAAAAGCUGAAUAUAACAGACAUGUUAUAUAAUUGCAUAUUUAUUAACUUGGAAGAGUUACAGGGAUUUUGAAUACUGCAUCACUUCAAAAAAAAAUCCAAAUAAACUCCGAAUGUUGUCUUGACAGAAGGAACUGAACUGCAGCCAUGUUUAACAUCUCAUGCCUUGUCAUCGGAUUUUGAAGAAUAACAUAAACCCAAA